UUAAAAAAGAAACCCCAAUGCAAACUGAAACAACCAUGUCUGGAGAAGUGCGUUUGAAGCAGUUGGAGCAGUUUAUUUUGGAUGGGCCAACUCAGACUAAUGGGCAAUGCUUCAGUGUGGAAACCUUGCUGGAUAUACUCAUCUGCCUUUACGAUGAAUGUAAUAAUUCCCCUCUGAGAAGAGAGAAGAACAUCCUUGAGUAUCUAGAGUGGGCCAAACCUUUUACAUCUAAAGUGAAACAGAUGCGACUACAUAAAGAAGAUUUUGAAAUCCUGAAGGUGAUUGGUCGAGGAGCCUUUGGGGAGGUUGCAGUAGUAAAACUGAAGAAUGCAGAUAAGGUUUUUGCCAUGAAGAUACUUAAUAAGUGGGAGAUGCUGAAGAGAGCUGAAACAGCCUGUUUUCGAGAAGAGAGAGAUGUGUUAGUGAAUGGCGAUAACCAGUGGAUCACAACAUUACAUUAUGCAUUCCAGGAUGAAAACUAUUUAUACCUGGUUAUGGAUUACUAUGUUGGAGGAGACCUGCUUACAUUGCUCAGCAAGUUUGAGGAUAGACUACCUGAAGAUAUGGCUCGUUUUUAUUUGGCUGAAAUGGUGAUAGCUAUUGAUUCAGUUCAUCAGUUGCAUUAUGUUCACAGGGAUAUUAAACCAGACAACAUCUUGAUGGAUAUGAAUGGACAUAUUCGAUUAGCCGAUUUUGGUUCUUGUCUGAAACUGAUGGAAGAUGGAACGGUCCAAUCUUCAGUGGCAGUUGGAACGCCAGACUACAUCUCUCCAGAAAUCUUGCAGGCCAUGGAAGAUGGAAAAGGGAAGUAUGGGCCCGAGUGUGACUGGUGGUCCCUAGGCGUUUGCAUGUAUGAAAUGCUUUAUGGAGAAACGCCCUUUUAUGCUGAGUCCUUGGUGGAGACCUAUGGGAAAAUAAUGAACCACAAAGAGAGGUUUCAGUUUCCUGCUCAAGUGACAGAUGUCUCUGAAAGUGCAAAGGACCUCAUCCGAAGGCUCAUUUGUAGCAGAGAGCAUCGACUUGGACAAAAUGGGAUAGAAGACUUUAAGAACCAUCCAUUUUUUGCUGGGAUUGAUUGGGACAACAUUAGAAACUGUGAGGCACCUUACAUCCCAGAAGUCAGCAGCCCCACUGAUACAUCAAACUUUGAUGUGGAUGAUGAUUGCUUAAAAAAUUCUGAAACAAUGCCUCCACCAUCACACACUGCAUUUUCUGGCCAUCAUUUACCAUUUGUGGGUUUCACAUAUACAAGUAGCUGUGUGCUUUCAGACCGCAGCUGUCUAAGACUGACAGCUGGACCACCCUCCAUGGAUCUUGAUGCCAGCAUUCAAAGAACUUUGGAGGAUAGUUUAGCAACAGAAGCUUAUGAGAGGAGAAUAAGACGUCUAGAACAGGAAAAGCUUGAACUUAGUAGAAAACUGCAAGAGUCCACCCAGACAGUCCAGGCUCUGCAGUAUUCAACAGUGGAUGGCCCUAUAACAGCAAGCAAAGAUUUAGAAAUUAAAAGUUUGAAAGAAGAAAUUGAAAAGUUGAAGAAACAGGUAACAGAUUCUGGUCAGCUAGAACAGCAACUUGAGGAGGCGAGCACUGCAAGGCGGGAGUUGGAUGAUGCUUCCAGACAAAUAAAGGCUUUUGAGAAACAGGUCAGAACGCUGAAGCAAGAGAGGGAAGAUCUUAAUAAGGAACUGGCAGAGUCUAGUGACAGAUUAAAAUCCCAAGCCAAAGAGCUGAAAGAUGCACACAGCCAGCGGAAAUUGGCAAUGCAGGAGUUCUCAGAGAUGAACGAGCGGCUGACAGACUUGCACUCUCAAAAACAAAAGCUUGCCCGCCAGCUCCGAGAUAAGGAGGAAGAAAUGGAAGUGGUGAUGCAAAAAGUAGAAAGUUUAAGGCAAGAGUUACGCAGAACAGAGAGACUUAAAAAAGAACUGGAAGUCCAAGCUGAAGCUGCAGCUGCUGAGGCAUCCAAAGACAGGAAAUUGCGAGAGAGGAGUGAACAGUACUCUAAGCAGUUGGAAAGCGAAGUAGAAGGGCUAAAGCAAAAACAGGUUGGUCGCUCACCUGGGGUAAGCAGUAUAGAACACCAGCAAGAGAUCACUAAAUUAAAGGCAGACCUGGAAAAGAAAAGUGUUUUCUAUGAAGAGGAACUAUCUAAACGUGAAAUAAUGCAUGCUAAUGAAAUAAAAAGUCUGAAGAAAGAACUACGGGAUGCAGAGAGCCAGCAGCUUGCCCUCAAAAAGGAGAUCAUGAUUUUGAAGGACAAGUUAGAGAAAACCAGAAGAGAAAACCAAAGCGAAAGAGAGGAGUUUGAAACAGAGUUCAAACAGAAGUAUGAACGAGAAAAGAUUCUGCUAACAGAGGAAAAUAAAAAACUUUCAAAUGAACUUGAUAAGCUCACCACCAUGUUUGAGAGGCUGAGUAUGAAUAACCGGCAGCUGGAAGAAGAGAUGAGAGACCUGGCUGAUAAAAAGGAGUCCGUGGCACACUGGGAGGCCCAAAUUACUGAGAUCAUCCAAUGGGUAAGUGAUGAAAAAGAUGCUCGAGGUUACCUUCAAGCCUUGGCCUCUAAAAUGACCGAAGAACUAGAGGCCCUGAGGAACUCCAGUCUGGGUGCAAGAGCUACAGACAUGCCUUGGAAGAUGCGCCGCUUUGCAAAACUGGAUAUGUCUGCAAGGUUGGAGCUGCAGUCUGCUCUUGAUGCUGAAAUCCGAGCCAAACAGGCUAUUCAAGAUGAGUUGAAUAAAGUCAAAGCUUCCUGUAUCUCUACAGAGUGUAAAUUGCAAGAAUCUGAGAAGAAGAACAUGGAACUAUUGACAGAUAUUGAAAGGCUGAAAAAGGAGACAGAAGAGCUUAGAUCAGAAAAGGGUGUAAAGCACCAAGACUCACAGAAUUCUUUCUUGGCAUUUUUGAAUGCGCCUACCUCUGCUCUGGAUCAAUUUGAAGAUUCCUUUUCCUCCUCUUCAUCCUCAUUGAUUGAUUUUAUGGAUGACCGCUCUCCUUCCUGUAUUCCAGCUAACAAAAGCAGACGUAUUGAUUCAGUUGAGAAUUUUACAUUGUCUAAUACUCCAUCACGGGAUGAAGAUAGCAAGUCUCACCUCCAUUCAAGAUCAAGGUCUCCUUCUACAGCUAGUGAGAUUGAACCAAUCGAGGUUACAGAUCAUCCUCCCCGUUCAAUUCACACACCAACCAUGAGGGCAGCAUAUAUUGGAUCGGGACUCUCUGCACCAAAGCCUAAAGCCCACCAGUUUGUAGUGAAAUCAUUUAAUACACCAACUAAAUGCAAUCAAUGCACGUCUCUGAUGGUUGGUUUAAUACGACAGGGCUGUACUUGUGAAGUAUGUGGCUUCUCUUGCCAUGUGACCUGUGCAGACAAGGCUCCUGCAGUAUGUCCAAUCCCUCCUGAACAGACUAAGGGACCUUUGGGAAUAGAUCCGCAGAAAGGCAUAGGAACAGCUUACGAAGGACAUGUCCGAGUACCAAAACCAGCUGGAGUAAAGAAAGGUUGGCAGAGAGCGCUGGCAGUGAUCUGUGAUUUUAAACUCUUCCUAUAUGAUGUAGCAGAAGGAAAAGCAUCCCAGCCCAGCGUGAUAGUGAGUCAGGUCAUAGACAUGAGGGAUGAAGAAUUCUCAGUGAGUUCUGUCUUGGCCUCAGAUGUCAUCCAUGCAAAUCGAAAAGAUAUCCCCUGUAUCUUUAGGGUUACAGCUUCCCAGCUCUCUGCAUCCAGUAAUAAGUGUUCAAUCCUGAUUCUAGCAGACGGUGAGAAUGAAAAAAGCAAGUGGGUGGGAGUGCUGAAUGAAUUGCAUAGGAUCUUGAAGAAGAACAAACUCAAAGACCGCUCAGUCUAUGUUCCCAAAGAAGCUUAUGACAGCACCUUACCCCUCAUCAAAACAACACAGUCAGCAGCAAUCAUAGACCAUGAAAGAAUAGCUCUGGGGAAUGAAGAAGGGUUAUUUGUUGUGCAUGUCACCAAAGAUGAGAUUAUCCGUGUUGGUGACAAUAAGAAGGUUCAUCAGAUUGAGCUUAUCCCAAAUGAACAGCUCAUUGCAGUAAUCUCAGGACGAAACCGUCAUGUCCGGCUUUUCCCUAUGGCUGCCCUGGAUGGACGGGAGACUGAGUUUUAUAAACUGGCAGAGACAAAAGGCUGUCAGUCAAUAGUUUCUGGACAUGUGCGCCACGGAGCUCUUACCUGCCUGUGUGUAGCUAUGAAAAGGCAGGUCCUCUGUUAUGAACUAAAUCAGAGUAAGACACGUCACAAAAAGAUCAAGGAGAUCCAAGUCCAGGGGAAUGUCCAGUGGAUGUCAAUCUUCAGUGACCGCCUUUGUGUGGGCUACCAGUCAGGUUUCUUAAAAUAUCCCCUUCAUGGAGAAGGCAGCCCGUACAGUCUGCUCCAUCCAGAUGACCACACACUAUCAUUUAUCUCACAGCAGCCAACUGAUGCCAUCUGUGCAGUCGAAAUCUCAAAUAAAGAAUACCUGCUGUGUUUUAGCAGCGUAGGGGUUUACGUUGACUGCCAGGGCCGAAGAUCUAGACAACAAGAAUUGAUGUGGCCCGCAACUCCAUCUUCUUGCUGUUACAAUGCACCAUACCUCUCUGUGUACAGUGAAAAUGCAAUUGAUAUCUUCGACGUGAACUCCAUGGAGUGGAUUCAGACUAUUCCUCUCAAAAAGGUACGACCCUUGAAUACAGAAGGAUCACUAAACCUUUUAGGCCUGGAGACAGUUAGAUUAAUAUAUUUCAAAAACAAAAUGGCAGAGGGCGAUGAACUGGUAGUUCCUGAGACAUCAGAUAACAGCCGGAAGCAAAUGGUUCGAAACAUCAACAACAAGCGCCGCUAUUCAUUCAGAGUACCGGAGGAGGAAAGGAUGCAGCAGAGGAGGGAGAUGCUACGCGAUCCGGAAAUGAGAAAUAAAUUAAUUUCUAACCCAACUAAUUUUAACCACAUAGCACAUAUGGGUCCAGGAGAUGGUAUACAGAUUCUCAAAGACCUUCCAAUGCAGCGUUCCCCUUAUCAAUUCCCUCAUCAUCACUCCCGUCUGAUCUCCUCUCCGAGCAACUUUGAGCACAUCUACCACAUGACUGUUAAUUCAGCUGAAAAAUUCCUCUCUUACGAUUCCAUAAACCCUGCAUUUUCCCCGCCUCCACACUCUGUCCUCGGUACUCCAGACUUUAUGACUCUGAGGAAUCUUCGGCCUCAGGAAAGUCGGACCGUAUUCAGUGGCUCUGUCAGUAUUCCAUCAAUCACGAAAUCCCGCACAGAACCAGGACGAUCGAUGAGCGCAAGCAGUGGGUUAGCAGCACGAUCGUCUGCACAAAACGGCAGUGCUUUGCGGAGGGAAUUCUCAGGAGGUAGCUACGGAGCAAAGCGUCAGCCUAUGGCAUCGCCCUCAGAUGGUUCCUUAUCCUCUGGUGGCCUGGACCAAGGCAGUGAUGCACCAACAAGGGACUAUGAGCGAGAGGACUCUGACUCUCCCAGACACUCUACUGCAUCGAACAGCUCCAACCUCAGCAGCCCUCCCAGCCCGGUUUCUCCUCACAAGACCAAGAGCCUCUCCCUGGAGAGCUCUGACCAUGUGAGCUGGGACUCAUGAACUCCUUCAGCAUUCAGAUUUGACAUCACAGCAGCUUGCUGUCCCCAUGGCUGUCCCCUUCACUUGUUCCAGUUCUCACCUUCAUCAUCCUAACCCUCCCCAUUCCCUGUCUGAAAGUGAUCUGGGAGUGGGGUACAGAGGAAGGUAAAAGCUGGUCGUCUUCAGCAUCAUUCAGCACUGCCUCACCCUCCCUUCCCCAGAUUUGACAGCAGCAAAUGAGCAAAGCUAGGGUGUUGGUAAAUAUCAGAUGCUGUAGAUUUGCAUUAGUAUUGGUUUCAUUUUUGUGGUUACAGCUGCUUCAUUUUUAAAGACAUAUUUAUUCCACCCUCCCUUCCACUUCCCAAAAAGUAGCAUAAGUAGACCAGACCAGUAUCAACAAGAGAAAGUUCAGAGGGGUUUUGUUUUCAUACAAUAGCUCAUUGUACUGUACAAAAGUACACAGACCCCUUUCCCUGCACAGGGAAUGAUCAGUAUGUCAGAGGCACAUAAAAGCUUUCAGCCACCACGUUUGAAUGUCAAUCUGAUUGUCGCCAGCAAAUCCUUAUUGAUUAAAGUGAUGCAUAUUUUACUACAGUACAGAGUUUAAUUAAAUACGCAGAUGUUAGAGUAAAAUACGUAUGUAUAUAUUCAAAGAAAAAAAGCAUUGUGUAUGCAGCAGAAGAUGGAUGCUUAUUUAAGAGAGCCUUUAAUUUAAGAUUUGUGUUGUCCCUGUUUUCAUGCUCGGUAAUAUACAGACUUGGAGGCCUGGCCUAAAACCUUUCGCAGGACAGAUAUUCCCUUUGCGUAGCACUCGCUGCACUGCCGGGAAACGUCCCUGCAGUGCUUUCACAACAUUUCUUUACUUCUGGCAGUAGCAUAACUGAAGCUAUAAUUCCUACUUUCAUGUUAAUCCCUAUCCUUUGCAAAAAUGACAGCAAUUGGAAGGCAACCCGCUGCCCCAGUUUCUUGUGUGCUAGCCGUGCAGCUGAGGAACCUUAUGGCAUGCUACAGUAGAGGUCCUUAAGGCAGCAAGGGAGUUCAAUGCAGCAGGAUUCAGCUGGAAAACUGUUUCCCUGGGUCAGCUUUUCAGCAUGUUUAACUCGGAAGGGAGCAGUCUUCCACAUCUCCUUGACCAUCCCUAACCAGAAAACUGUUACUGUUGUUACCAAAUACUAGUUGCUAAUACACAUCAGCCAAAUGAGUGCCCUUAGCCUGAAGCUAGCCAUGGCUGGCUAUGCUGUCACUGUAGCAACGAAGAACCUUGAAGACUGACCUCACACUGUUCACACUGUGGUAGUCAAAGAUGCCUAGUCACCCACAACUGCCACGCUGGCAAGGUUGGUUUUCCUUUUCCUCCCCACCUCUGCUGUGGGUUUGUGCAAUUUGCAGUUGUUUGUAUGUGCUCACCUGCUGUUUGGUUCCAAUAGCAGGUCAGGUUGGAGGGCAGAAAGUAUUGCGGUGGAAGACAGAGCCCACUGAAGUUGCAAAAAUAAAUAAAAAGCUGAAGGUGGUCAUGCAGCCAACAGAAUAAAGUGAGAGACUGAUGUACAAACAGAUGGUAAGAAGAAGAUGUCUCUUCUCUUUAGUUAGCAAGGCAGACACGUUUUUCAUUUGGGAGUGUGUUCAAAUGAGCCUCUCUUCUCAGUAGUAUGUUGCUGGCUUUAUACUAUGACCAUACUCAAACACAUAAGGGCUUUUUGUAUUUAGAAUACUGGUUUUUGUGGGUUUCGGAAACUUGUUAUGGCUCUUAUUAAACCAUUCCAUACUUUUGCAGUCAGCAGUAUAUAGUGUUUCACCCACACAGAUAUGUUUGGAGUUUUGCAGUUUCUGUCUUCCCUAAUGGAAGUUAUAGGUAAGUUCAAACCAUGUACAGUAAUUUCCAGGUAUCAUCUAAAUGUGAAAUAGGGAAUGAGACACAGAUCAUUUAAUCCAUUUAAUCAUGCUGGGUCUCCUAGGUAAGAUUUCUCUUUCACUCUGAAUCAAGAGGCUUGUCCAAGUUUAAGCUCAUUCAGUAUUAUUUUGGGACAGGAAUUUGUUUUAGAAACCAUCAUAGCAAAAGCCUGUCUUUUUCCAGUUUGGGUUUUUCAGAGUAGCAAGCUGGUUGCGUUUGUUUUCACUUCAAAGCUACUACUUUUGUAAGCCUGACAUUUAAUAUUAAAAGCUUUAGCAAACAGCUAAGCACUUGAAAUUAAUUGCUCCCAGAAUAGUUUUCAGUCUUUCUGAAGGACAGAUAGGCAGGGCGUUAUUGGCAUUAUUAAAAUUCCACAUCAGCUUCUUUUUAAAGGCUGCGUAUUGCUUCAAGUAUAGCCACUGCUUUUUCCCCACAAUUCCCUCCUUUCGGUGAAGCAUGUCCACACACUUUUCAAAGCCUUUGCAGACUAGUUUUGUAUUUACUGUAUGUUGUAUUUAAACAUUAAUCUUAUUUUGAUGUUGAGAGAAGGCAUUUAAACAGCAGUCAUUUACGAUAGAGCAGCCUGCGUGACAGUCCCCUGAGAGAGGGUCACAGGAUCUUUUUUGUGGAUUUUUUUUUUUUGCAGUUGAGCUAAUGCUCUAUCUGAAAAUGGAACCCAAAGAGCCACGACACAGCAAACAAUUAAAUCGAGUAAACCCCUCUGUUUACUCCGUUAUGGUGCCUGCAAUCUACUGAUAUCAAAAACUGACAUUUUCAGGCAGAGCGUAGGUCAGCUGUGUCACAAAACUAAACUCCAGAGGAUGAGAGCUCCACAGGCCUACACUGUUUGUACACCACAAUUUCUAAGCCUUGGCAGUCUCCUUUAGGAUUACUGUAUUUAAUCAUUAGUUUGGUACUGUGCAUUUUUAUACGCAUCUGUUCAAAAGAGAAACAGCAACUGUUCUCUCAGUUGAAAAGCAAAUGACCACAUCACUUAUUUGAAAAGAGAAAAAUUGUCCUAGGACUUGAAUAGUUUUAUAUAUUUGGGGACCAUUUGAUGAUACACUCAAUUUUAAACCACACUCAUCUUUUUUUUUUUUGUUGGUAUGAACACUGAAAACAUGCAUACUGUAGCUGAGCUUUUUAAAUACUCAUUGGGCUAGGAAAAGUAACUUGGUCAUUUGAACUGUAAGACUCUUGACUGGUAUCUCAAAGACAGUUGUCUCUUAAGGUUUGAUGUUUGCUACUUUGCACUGUAGCGUUGCUUCAACUUCACAGUUAGAGGGCUGCAUUUUGUUCAGGGAGCUUAAAAUCUCCCAUUGAAUUUUUGACUGUAGCAUAUGUUCUCUGUACACAGUAUGUAUCUAGCUGAUUUUUUCCUUUUGGCUGAGACUGAAGGUGUUUGCAUUUUUGACACUGCUUAAACAUAUGGGUUGUUGGGUUUUUGCAUUUUUUUUUUCUUUCCUCUUUUGAUGGCAACAAAGGAUCUGAACAGAUUCAGGCAGCUACUAAGGAUUCCAGGUUAUAGAAUGAAAAAGGUUUGGUAAAUAGUUUUCCCCUGCACAUGUGCGCACACAGAUAUGUGGCUUCCUUCUGCAUGUCCUAAACCCAAAAGCCGAGUUAUAGUGCUCUCUUCUCUAUUGCCUUUGACCUGUAGAAGACAGCUGGUGGUUUCAAAAAAAAAUAUUCCUGAGGCUGUGGCAAAGUAGUUGCUUCUGUUCCUCUCAGUUAGUUGCUGUGGCUUGUUAUGAAUGUGCAUUUUGCCCAUUUUAACAAGUUUCAAAACUGAGUCAGGAAUGUUAUCUCUUUGAUCUGAUUCUGAUAAAAUUACAAGCCAGCUGUGUUAUUCUCAGGUAUACGGCAGAGGGAAGUUAAGGAUCUUGUCGUACCAAAAAAAGUCCAAAAAGCAUAGUGUAUUUAUAGAAAUGUAGUUUUAAGUGCACCUAACUGGUUCAGAGAGUGUGUCAGCCUUUCAAAACAGAACAGUUAGAGUACUAACACAGAAACAGAUUCUGGCACCAUAUUGUCUUGCAUGGCCAGACCCUGAAUGACAGGACAAACAUGCUCUUGGGUGAAAGAAGGUGGGGUUUUUUCCCAUUUUAUGCACAGUGUUUAAUUUUAAAUGAAUACAUUAAGGGUAAAAUUUAUUGGAAUGCAAGUACCCACACCUCCUGAGCCUUAGUCUGAGAAUCAAAAUGGCACAUAGUAGCUUCUCCUGUGGUGGUGUGUUUUUUUUUUGUUAAUAGGAGUCAGUUCCAUGGAGGAAAUGGGACAACUUUCUGCACUAACACAAACUGCACCCUUCUGUGUGCUUUGUGUUCACACUGUAUUUGAUAAACACCCCCAGAAACAGCUCUGCUGCAGGCUUUCCAGUCUAAAUUCCAACUCUGCUUUGUCUUUCAUUCUAGCCGCAGCUCAGUACAACCUAUUUUCAUUCUGCAUUUAAGAAAGUCUCAUCCACAGGGAAGAAAUCCACAAACAAGCCAGUGUUGGUAUUUCAGAGCAAUUAUACCUGCCUUUUUAUGUAUGACAGUUUCAUAUCAUUUAUUUUUAAAAUGUUUUUUAGGUUUUUCAUUGUAAUAUUAUUGUACAGUUUUGCAUGGCAUAGAUGUAAUCACUUUUUUGUUUUAGAGUAUAAAAGCUGACAAGUGUGCGUGUGGGGGAAAGAUUCUGCUUUUUGCCUCUUCUCACUAUUUUGUUCAAUGCCCUCAAUGUUGUAGGGGACAUUGUAAGAGAUUCUCUGCUACAGAACAAUGAUGUAGAUUCUUUUGCACAGAAAUAUUUAAGGUGGAAAAAGUCAACAAUGUAAAAAUGACUUGCCACUAAUAUUUUAUGUUGGUAACACACUUAAUAUUAACCUACUUUGAUGUACUGCAAUAAAACAGGGAACUGUUAGAAAUGGAGA